ACUGUUACGAGUUGAAUUUAGCGAGAAAGGUGAAAUUAUGUUUUACAAAGACAAUCCGUACACAGGAGUGUAUCGCCGCUUGAUCACAUCUCUUAAAAAUUGGAAUUCGAACGCUAAAGCCCUUUUUGAAGAUAAAUUGACAGAUUUUGAAGGUGCAGUGCUGAGAGUAUCCACCUUCGAGCACCCACCAAGCGUGCUGUACCAUUUUGAUAAAGAUAUGAACAUCAAUGAACGUUUGGGGAUAGACAUGAAUUUGCUGGCGUCAUUGGAAAGAGUUCUCAAUUUCAAGUCUCUGUAUAGUGAAGUGAACGCGAAUGAGCUCUGGGGCUAUCAGCUAGAAAAUGGAACAUGGUUGGGAUUGAUGGGUGAACUCAUCUACGAAAAAGCCGACAUUGGAAUAUGUAAUUUUUUCAUCGAAGAGGGACGAUGGCUUUUCAUUGACUACACAGCGCCUUACAACUUUGAAAACGGUUGUUUCGUGACAGCUUCGCCCAAGUCCUUGCCGCAGUGGACGUCACCGAUUUUACCUUUUUCAGCAGAAACUUGGGCAUUCGUCGCAUUUUCAUUCGUUGUUGCAACUGUAACCCUCUAUGGACUGGUUUAUAUGGGAAUGGAAAAGGAGUCUGCUCAUUUUAAUUCUAUAUCUUUUACUUGUCUGUACAUAUUGGGAUUUUUCACAGUGCGUGGGCAAUCGAUCUUCCCAAGGUUUGGACCCCUAAAAGUAUACCUCACUUUUCUUGGUUUGUUUGCAACUCUGAUGACCACCGCUUACUCUGCCAACCUCAUUGCCUUCUUGACCAUCGUUCCGAAGAUGCCACCGAUAAAUACGAUAAAGCAACUUAAAGAAAGCUCACUCAGGAUUGGAGGUGUACCAUUUUGGGAGACUCAGUUUUCAGACUCCAUCGAUAGUGAUAUCCGAUCAUUGGCACCGCGUCUAGAACCCAGGUACGACUUGGAAAAUCUAUUUAAUUACGUGGAAGCAGGCACAUUUGCCAUCAUUGAGAACAAGCAAUACUUAGAGCUUUUUGUUGAGGGACGCUACACGUACGGAGACACCGCAAGCAUUAGGAUUGUAGGCCAGUGCUUGCUUCCGUACAACAUCGGGGUUGGGAUCCAGAAGUUUUCACCUCUUCGUGAAACUUUUUCAAAUGUUAUCCUACAUAUUUUUGAGUCUGGCAUCACUCAAAAGUGGAAGAAAGAUACUAUAGUUGACUUCAGGGAUCGUCACCGUGAAGAAAUAGACAGGAAUAAACGUCCUGCAGAGUCGGACGUCAAGAGUCUGAGCGUUCACCAUCUCUUAGGGGUGUUCAUGAUGCUCGUCGGUGGCCUCUCUCUUGCUCUCGUGGCCUUCGUUGCUGAAAUUUUUGCUGUGAAGCUUACAAUGCGGAAAAAACUGAGUUCAUUUACUAGUAAAUUCCCUUUGAUCAUGAUAAAAUCCAACGAACAUUGCCGACCGAUCUAAAUAUUUGCAGAUAUUUAAUUUAAAGAAAUAAGUUCUCUGAAUUUGGUCGGCCACUGCUUCUUUUCACCGGCGUUGCCCUAAAAAUAGCAAGUCCAAACUCCAUUCAGACAAAAUAUAUUGCUGACCGAAAAGUUCUCUCCAGGUGAACCAAAACGUAUAGUGAGGCAGUAAAAAUUCCAAUGAAAAUACUUUCAACUGAAAGAAAACAUCAACGUCCUUCUAGAUUUUAUCAUGAUAGAUAAAUAGGAAAAAAAAUAAUCAUGGAAUUUAAUUACUUAUUAAUCCUAGCGUGGUUCACCGAAUUAGAAUGUUAAUAAAUGAUCAAAUUUAUAAUUUUUUAUUACUGGUUAGUCAUUUUAUAGUAUUUUUGCUCGGUUCAUAAUUGAUCCAUGAAUACGGUCUUAUUUGUAAUAUGAUAGAAAUGCUUUAUUUUUAGAGUGUAAAUUCUUAUGGCGGUUGUGAAUGGCAUGAUUCUCACUUCCACACUUCUUUGUUUAUUUCAACAUUUUUCCAAGCUUCAUUGUUAAUUACCGCCCUCGUAUUAUAACUUUCCAUGCUUUAGUUGCAGUUACUACAAUUAUUCACGCAUUGCUCAUAAUUAUAACAAUUGUUCAUGCUGUGACAUGCACCCACUGCAGAAUUAUGCGUGCGAUCCAAACCUUUUUGCGGUUGUAAAGUCAAUAAAUAACUUGGAUUUGGACAAUUUUCAUGUUGGAUUAAAAAUGUAUUUUUCGUAAUUC